AAAUCGAUGGGCGCCUCUUGCUUGUCGAUUUUUGGAGAAAUCCUUCAAAGAAAAGAGACACAAUGGCGAGAGGUACCCGGAGCCUGAGGAGAGUAGCCGAGUGCAUCAAACUGUUACCUUCGACAGCCAGCCGAGAAAUACAGACUAGGAACAGCGUGAGAUACCUGUCGUCAUGUGGGAUCCUGAUGACGCGCGCUCCUCCGCUGCGGAGUACAGUCAUGCCCGGGCUCGGUAUCUUAUCCUCUCGGAGCUUCUUCAACCUGGCCGCCUCCUUCUCCAAGAGGAAGGAAUACUCGGAGAGACGCAUCAUUGGGUAUUCCAUGCAGGAGAUAUACGACGUGGUGGCCGGAGUGGAGAACUACCGCCUCUUUGUUCCCUGGUGUAAGAAGUCGAACGUGGUGUUCAAGCGAGCGGGAUUCUGCAAGGCCAAACUAGCUGUGGGCUUUCCACCUGUGAUGGAGCACUACACCUCUCUCAUCACUUUAAUAUGCCCCCACCUCGUCAAGGCCUCCUGUUCAGAUGGCAGCCUGUUCAACCACUUGGAGACGGUUUGGCGUUUCAGCCCGGGCCUCCCGGGAUAUCCUCGCACUUGCACUGUGGACUUCUCUAUCUCCUUCGAGUUCCGCUCCCUCCUCCAUUCCCAGCUGGCUCACGUCUUCUUCGACGAGGUGGUGAAGCAGAUGGUUUCGGCGUUCAUGCGUCGCGCCUCCAAGAUUCACGGUGUCGAGACGACCAUCCCUCAGGAGCUCAUGUUCCACGAAGUUCACCACACGUAGUGCCGCACGAAACCGUUCCUCAAACACAGAUAGACAAACGAACCCAAAGCCCAAUGCCAGAGAGAGAAAUAGGAGAGAUGGAACGCAGUGCCUUUCUCACAGCAACGACCAAGUUUAAUCUCAACAGUUUCCUGUAUCUUUUUUUAUAAAUAUAAAUAUAUAUAUAUAUAUAUAUAUAUAACUGAUCCACCAGCUCGUUUUCACCUUGGUGCUAAAAACAGAUGCAGACCUGUUUCCAUUUCAGUUCAUUUCCAUGAUCAGAACACACCUUUAUUUAAACGAGCUGCUUUAUGUAGACACUUUACAAGCACAUGUCUUCCAAAAACAGAUUUCAGGAUGUGUAGUCGAUGAAUAUUGUACAUCACCGGGGUCGGGAUACAAACACAACAGUGCUGUUUGAGGUUGUAGGAGAGAUGGGAGCCUUUUUAAAGAGGCUUGGGUGAAGCUACUGGAUGUUGCGGUGUGGUGAUAAAGAUUGAAGACUAAAUCAUCCGUUUCGAUGAUGUGAAAUGUUCCUUUUCUCUUUAGAAUAUAUGUUUUCAAGCUCCAUACAAGAGUGCAUGCAUGAAAUGUACGAUUCUGUGCAGAUUUCACGAUUGGAAAAGUAAUUUAGAUGUAAGCUGUGUGGUCGGUGGAGCCUCACGUGUCAGACAGUUAGGUUCUCGUCACAGGUGGACACGUUCAGGUUUAACCAUAAUCUUACCCGAUCCUUUACUCAGGUCGCCAGUCACACACGGCAACACACACACUUCCUCUGACCGCUGACUCACAUCUGAGUCAGGAGCUCGGUGGAGAAGGAUUAGACGGUAUGUUGCGAGAGCUUGACGCAGGUUUGACAACUGACAAAGGGAUCAACAAAAGAAAGGCAUGCAGAGGAGUUUAGGGUUGUAAUUAAUAAUCUUUUUAAUCACUGAUUCACUGAUGCGUUUGAAAAAAAAAAAAAAAGUUGGAAAUAGUUUUAUAAGUCUCAGAGGGCUCGAUAACCUCUUCAAUUGUAUUCUUCUGUCUAAAACCUGAAGUUAUGUAAUUAACUCACAAAUCGUCAUAUUUGACAAGUUGGAAGCAUGACUGAAAUGAGUAAUCAAUUACAUAAUAUAGUUUGAGUUUUAUUUUCUGUCGAUGGACUAAUUGAUCAAUCGACUGAUAGUUGCAGCUCUAGAAGAGCGAGGACAUCGGAUCCACAAAACACUGGUUGAAGCAGCUUCUGUACGAGCUUACAGGUCACAGCUGGUUCUUUAUUUUUCGUGUUACAGAAGUUAAGAGUGAGGGAAACAAGCUACAGAUGCUACAGCUAAAUAAACUCAUUCUACAAAACUCCAUGAGUCAAAGCAAAAUGAAGUCGAUGCCAUGUGGUUAAUGAACAGCAACAUGUUAAACUUCCACCUCCACUGUGUCAGUGUAUUAUCAGAAUAUUUUCUUAGAAUAAAGGGCAGAGGCAGUUGGAUGCAGUGAGGAUUGUGUACAAAUGGCAGCAGAUAAAUGUACUGAAUGUGCUGUAAACUAACAGGAAUACGCACCUUUCACAGGGGGCUGAGCCUUUGUUUAGCUUCAUUAGCGGGACGCUGUUUAUUCCUCCUCUUCAUGUUACUCAUACUCUGCUCUCAUUAAGGGAACGAUGCUAGACAUAAAAGCUAAAGCUACAUUAUAUGGCAAAGUGUGCAAUAUCAGUAGUAUAUCGGUGUUAUUUUUAAAUGCAAAAGGCUAAGCAGACAUGUAUACCCACUGUUGAUACAAAGGGCCUGAACCGGCCGGGUUUCACACCUUCACCUGAAACCUUCAUGAUUCCAACUGUCCGACCCACACGGCUCACAGAGAGCCUCCUGGUAGCAUAUCUUUCUUUUGUUUUUCGAAAUAGAAUCAUUUUAUCAUAUUUAUUACUUAGUUUAAGCGUAAAUAUUGGUUUGAUGAUCACAUAAAGACAUACACUGCUUUUAAAGAACAUGUGUGUUUCAUGGGAUUUGGAAAGGACUUGUGUGUUUGUGUUGAAAGACUUUGGAAAGUUGAACUGACUGCAUGAUUUAUAAACUAUUUUUUCAACAAACAAAAA